GGAGAAUCAUUUGCCACACGCAUGCGCAGAUUGAUUGUAAAGCGGGCCUUGAAUCAUGUCAAGACACGGUCGAAACGGAGGAGACUCUAAGAUUUAUGUCGGUAACCUGGGCACUGGUGCAGGGAAAGGAGAGCUAGAGCGGGCGUUCGGGUAUUACGGACCUUUAAGAACCGUGUGGAUUGCUAGGAACCCCCCGGGCUUUGCCUUUGUGGAGUUUGAAGACACCCGGGAUGCAGAAGAUGCGGUCCGAGGCCUUGACGGCAAGUUGAUUUCUGGAUCUCGAGUACGAGUUGAAUUAUCUACAGGGAUGCCGCGGCGAUCUCGAUACGAGCGUGCGCCCACCAACCGGCCCUUUGACUCCAACGACAAGUGCUAUGAGUGUGGUGAGCGGGGGCACUAUGCCUACGACUGCCACCGCUACGGUCGACGAAGGAGGACCAGGUCCCGGUCUCACUCCAGGUCCGGUGGGAGGAGGUACUCUCGCUCUCGCAGCCGGGGCCGUGGCAGGAGAUCAAGAUCCUUCUCUCCACGCCGCUCUCGUUCUCCUAGAAGAUCUAGAGCCCUUACCCCCAAGAGAUCAAGAUCUCGAUCAAAGUCCAGAUCAAGGUCUAGGUCACAUUCUCAUGCAAAGACCAGGUCUGGUUCUGUGGGCAGAUCCAAGUCUGGUUCCCCCACGAGGAGGUAUGCAGAGGUCUUGAGUCUGAGCCCAAUUUUCUUUCCACCAUUCUCUUCUCUAAACGAUCUGUGGAACAGUUUGACAAUGCAUGAUAAGCAGCAAAACGAGACAAUGCAAAUGUCCAUGCAAUCGUUAUGCAUGGUUACAGUUAACGGUGUAGAUGCAUGAUGGUUCGUUAAGUCAGGCUACUAAAGCAUUACAAGUGAAAGGUAGACUGCAAUAAAUCAACAACAAUUACAUUCACAUUUUUAAUUCGAUAUGUGAAAUAUGUAUUAAAGGUUAUUUGAAUUGUAUUCUUUAAAUUCACCCAAGUAAUACAUUUUGCAUGACAAACUUUCAUUUAAUGCAUGGUCUUUAAAUACUUUGCUUGCUACAAAUUGCCACUGUCAAAGUCUUGUAAGAAUGAGCUCUAAAAUGAAAAUUCUAAUUUAAA